GUAGUAGCCCGAAUUUUGACCCGGAAACGCUCCUGCUGAAUACACGUGUAGAAGAAGAAUGGUAAAGUCCAGACAAGUCGGAAAUCACAAAAGUGACAAAAAGAAGCACAUUGCAAAAACAUGGAAGACCAAGAGACGAACCAAGGACCUGGAUCAGAUCCAUGCCGACAUGAAGCCAGAGGUGGCAGCCAAACUGCUUAACCAAGAGGUGGACUACGACGUAACUGGAAAUGCCCAACACUACUGCUUGCACUGCGCGAGGUAUUUUGUUGACUUGAGAUCUAUGAAAGAGCACUUCAAAACUAAAGUCCACAAAAGAAGAUUGAAACAGCUAAGUGAAGAACCAUACACCCAGGCAGAAGCAGAAAGAGCAGCUGGAAUGGGGUCUUACAUUCCUCCCAAAAAGGUUGAAGUGAAGACACAACCUGUUGAAGAAGCCAUGGACUGAUUUGUAAACAUGGACUCAUUUCUAAAUAUGGACUAAAUCAUCAAAUGAGAAGAGGAAAUCCAAUCUAAUAUAUGUGUACUGCUAUGGUGCAAUCAUGAUAUUAGAAUUUUUGCCACCACUCAGUCUUGCCCUCUCCUCUUUGUGGGUCAUUGCUACUUGGCACAUUAAAGACCUCAGACCCGUA